AUGUCAGGUGGCUUCCCACUCUUUCGGCUCUCCGAAGACCCGGGCGCGCGGAAGACUUCCCGUCUGCGCUUGGAGAGCUCCGAGACGGAGGUGGUUGGCUACAUGUCGGGCAUUCGCUGCCGGAUCUUGCCGGCUUCAGACCUAGACAAGGCCUUGUCGGCCCUGGGUCCGGAUCCCCUGCGUGCAGACAGCGACCCAACUAGAGCAUGGAAGGCCGUGCGAACUUCGUCGCGGCCUAUAGGUCUCAUGCUCAUGGACCAGUCAGUGAUGGCUGGCAUUGGCAACAUCUAUCGGGCUGAGGUGCUGCACCGUUUGAGGUGGCACCCGUUGCGGCCCGCCUUGACUCUAUCGGCCCAGGACUUUGAGGCCCUGUGGAGGGAGAGCGUCAUGCUACUACAGCUUGGAGCCAAGCUUGGAAACAUCGUUACCGUCCUCGAUGACGAGUGGGCAGACGCCCGGUUCAAGCCGCAUCAGCAGACGAAGACCAAGGAUUCCCGGAAGCGGCGGUGGGUUUACUUCAGGAAGCUCUGCUUGACGUGUGGCGGCCCAGUGCGUUGUUGGACUCUGGGUGGCCGCAUCUGCUUUGCCUGUGAGACCUGCCAGCCUCCCUGGAGGGACACAGACUGCGAAUUGGUUGGUGAGAGUGGAGAGAAGCUUGCCUGGCAACGAAGAGCCAAGACGCGGCGCGGAGCCAAGUUGAGACCGCGCCCGAAGCCUGAGCCGAGCACAAAGGUGGAGGCGUUGCCCCUGCUGCUGGGCUUGGACGGUUUGGCUGGGCCACCUUCCUUUACCAAUUUGGAGGAGGAUUCGGAGGUCUCCUCUUUACCAGCCGCAAUGUUGCGCAAACUCCUGGCUGAGCGACUGCUGCCUACGGAAGGCAAGAAGGCAGACUUGGUGGAGCGCUUCGAGGCGCACCGGGCCUUCCACGACGAGGCCGGCUUCAGUCCUAUCUUUCUCGGUACAGGUGAGCGGGAAGCAACAGGAGUUGUCUCUGUGCCCGCAGUGCCGUGGCCCACUGAGAUUCCGGAGGCGAAGUCGCUCGCUUUGAUCCAGUGCUGGCGCAGUCAGGAGACGAUCCAUGCAUGGGUGCAGCAGGACCCAAAGCGCUGGCGCUAUGGCCGCCUCUCUGGGCGUGUCGGUAAGGCCGAAGGGGAGGACUUUGACUUCGAGGCUCCUGACCUUCCAGCGGAGAAGGCAGCUGACAAGUCAGAACAACCUGCUCCGACCAAGGCACGGAGCGCUUCCAAGCGAAAGGCAGCUGAAGAGGUUGUUGCGACGCCCCAGCGGAAGCGAAAGAGGCCCACAAGCCCAUCCAGCAGUGCCAAGCAAGCAAGGCCUACAACAAGGAGAGCUAAGAAGACGUAUGCGGCAUUUGCCGGAAAGUUUGCGCAACUCUCCUCUAGUGGAUCCCUCACUGCUUUUGACCUGUGUCCGGAGCCUUGUGUGAAACCCGCGGUGGACCUCGAUGACGAUUCGGAUGCUUGCGAAAUCCUGAAGAAUCCUGCA